CGCUUGCGCUUUUUUUUUUUCACCCCUUUCUUCCUGUCUACUUCGACAUCAUGGAAAAGACAUUGUUGCGCUCGAGGUUGCCAAUGACUUUCCCUACCACCGUGCCUGUACGACCCACUGGACCCAAGGUUUUCACCAAGUCCAGACUUGUCACCUUUUUAGUAGCUGGAAUAUGCUACUUGUUCAUAUCCCUUCUCAUGAGCUGCAGUAGAAUCAGUAACGAAAAUGCACUUCCUGCGUCUGGAAGUACCAUCACAUCUUCAAUGGAGUCUUACUGGUUAUCUGAUGGAGCCGCACGGGCAUCAGCGUUUAAGGAACUCAGUAACCUUCGAUACGAUGCUAUGGACAUCAUUCUCAAGGACGCUGACGUAGCCCUGCGCAAUGAUUCAGUAUACUCUGUUGUUCUGAAACCACAAGUUGCUCCUAGUGGCGACGCUCACGAUUACCUUAGUCUUGCAAAAUACUUUUGGCGAAAUCCAGAUACGCCGGAUGGUCUGCCUUACAUUCGUCGAGACGGCUACGUGAAUCCAGAAGUCGAAACAGUGCAGGAUUACCGCUUACUGCGGCAGAUGCUCCGCGAAGUCUACCGAUUAGGCCUCGCUUUCCAGCUGACGGGAAAUGAAACGUAUGCCGUUAAAGCGAGCGAUCGCUUGUACGAGUGGUUUGUCAACCCCGAAACCAAAAUGAAUCCACAUUUCCAUUGGGGGAGUCUUCGAAAAGGCAACACCCACGGCAGCCGAACUGGUAUUCUCGAUAUGUAUCCAAUCUAUAGGGUCAUCCAAAUCAUGCCACAUCUACAAAAGUCCCCAUCCUAUAGCCCACAGCUCCAUGAUGCCCUUGUUGAAUGGUUUUCAUUAUACUGGGAAUGGUUAAGCACUAGCUCACUUGCGUCACAGGAAAGUAAGGGAGUUAAUAAUCAUGGCACUUACUAUGAUGUCCAAGUCAUUCCUAUCGCUCGGUUUUUGAACAAGCACGACGUCGCCAAGGAGAUUGCAACGCAUGCUCUGAGCGUUCGAGUCAACCGACAAAUCAAAGCGAAUGGUUGGCAACAUCAUGAAACAAGUAGACCAACAUCUUGGUUUUACAGUGUGUUCAAUCUACAGGGCUUGUUUCUCCUCGCGCAACAAUGUCAAAUGGCAGGAGUGGAUAUGUGGCAUUAUGUUGGACCGGAGGGCCAGUCGAUCAAGACAGCUCUAGAUUACCUUAUUCCCUUUGCCCUUAACCAAGGCCAGGGAUGGCCAUACUCCAAUCUCAACGGAUACCCAGUCACAAACCUCGUGCCUCUGGUUGAAAUUGGAUAUCUCAAGUGGGGAGAUGAAGCGUAUCUCCACGCCAUGCCUUUAUUGCGUGCCAUGGCAGAAAAGGAGCGUGACACAAACCAUAACACUAGACCGCUGUCUGACUUCUUUUGUCAAAUGAGCGAAUUGCUUGGAGACAACGAGUUUGUAUGCUAGAGUGCCUCUCCAUUUAUUAUUGUAUCUUUGUUUUUAUUUUCUUUACGUUCAUCAUUGUACAAAUUGUCAUCAUUUUUGUCACGCUCACUACGUCUCUUCUAAAGAAUUGUAAU